AUGAUAAUAAACCGAGAAACCGAAUGGUGUGUGCUUAAGUCUGCUGGCAUCAAGAAAUUCGCGGCACAGCCACGGGUGAACCCAGCCCUAACUGAUGAGACCUCUGGGAACGUGAUAGCAGCCACUUUUAGCGAGAAAGAGGAGGUCUUUAGACACCGUGCUUUCCCACAAGCUCCAGAGUCUGGAUCUGCCCACAAGUUGGUCAAUGAGAAAGCUGUCAAGGAUUCUCUCUUUAGCCAGGGAUUAGAGAAAGCGCCAGGCACGGAUUUGUUGAAAUUUAGAGCCAUCAGACUCUUAUGGAAUCUAGAUUCGGAGCGUGUGGUUAGCCUGACUAGACAGUGCCUUCGGCUUGGGAUACAUCUAUGUGUCUGGAAAACGGCUAAAGGGGUUUUACUAAGAAAGAACGGCAAGACGAACUACACGCUGGCAAGUGCCUACAGGGUCAUCAGCCUAUUAAAAUGCCUGGGCAAGGUCAUUGAGAAGAUUGCCGCAGAGUUAAUUACUAGCUUUGCAGAGGCCCAGGGCCUAUUCCACGAUGGCCAAUUCGGAGGACGUACACAAUGCAGUGCUAUUGACGCAGUGGCAUGCCUUGUAGAGGAGAUUCACCAAGCUUGGGCAAACAGGAAGCUAGCUGCAGCUCUAUUUAUGGAUAUCAAGAAGGCCUUUGAUCAUGUUAUUUUGGCCAAACUGAUAGAGGUCCUCAGAGAGGCUGGCGUAGAUGGAGAUCUUAUACGUUGGGUGGUCUCAUUUCUAUCUGAUUGGCGAGUCACCCUCGUGAUUGACGGACACGUUGGAAAGGAAGCAUCAAUAAGCUCUGGGUUACCUCAGGGCUCUCCGGUAUCACCAAUCCUGUUUGUUUUAUACGUUCAUGGGCUGUCCAGAGCCAUCGAGAGUAGGGUUCCAGAGGUUCGAGGCCUAUCCUUUGUGGACGACCAAGGCCUGAUAACAGCCGCAAGCUCUGUGAAGGAGACUUGUAGGACCCUAGAGAAAGCAGCUGAAGUGGCUAUCGAGUGGGGGGUAACCAAUGGGGUGCAAUUUGACUCUAAGAAGACCGAGGCUACCUUCUUUUAUAGACGACACAGACGUCAAGUGGCCGAAAACGUGUCCCAAGCUCGUAUCAGAGUUGGAGGACGUGCCGGAGCCGGUGUAGCUUUACAAGCAGUACCUGAGGGCCCGUGGGAACACGUAGAGGUGCCAAUGGGCCAUAGAUAUGAGGUCUUUGACGCAGAACUAGUGGGAGUGGCUAUAGCCCUUGAGUGGGCACUUGGGAGGCAACUUCUAGGUCCUAUCUGGGUGUUUCUUGAUGCACAGAACGCUAUCAAUCGCCUUAAAUCGACAAGGCCAGGUCCUGGGAAAGGCCUUGUUCUCAGGGCUCACAGGGCAGCUAAGAAACUAGCCAUGAGAGGUCAGCUGGUGACAAUACAAUGGGUUCCAGGCCACUCAGGGAUCGAAGGGAAUGAACGGGCUGAUCAAGCUGCUAAACGUGCAGCUAGCAAACAAACAGCACCUGGUUUCGAGCACCUAUCUCUAGCUGUCCGCUCCUUAUCAUUAAACAGGUUGGCUUCAGCCACGAAUUGCAGCAAGCCCUGCGUCGCCCUAGGCUCGGCAAACAGCCUAGCCUCGGAACUUUCCUCAGCCGCUGUAGGCAGCGGCACGCCAGCUUUCUUGAGGGCUCGAUAUAAAGCCUGUCUCGUGAGGCUCCUUACAGGCCUGGCACUCAGGUGA